AUGGAACUAGAGAAGAAACAACGAAAAAAUCAUCUUCGAAUUCGAAGAACCAAAUCAAACUAUUUAGAAGGUAGUCAUGAUUGUUUAACAGAAGCUUUUAUCACUAUUUAUAACAAUUCCAUAUGGUGUUUACAAUCAAUCUAUGAAGUUUUAUUUCGAUCUUUUUGGCAAGUGUUCCUUCUAGCGAAGGGAGAAAUCUGCUAUGAUUCAAUAGAUAAAAUGGGAACAAUCCCGAUAAAUAUUAUCCCAAUGAACAAUUCAGCAGGAGAAAAUUAUCGUUAUCAUCGAUUGCCUCGCAGCCAUUCUCAGUAUUCACGAGAGAAAUCGAAUCUACUUUUCAAUCAAACUCGUGUAACAAUUCGUCCACUAGCAAAUGUAAAUUUAAAUCGAACACCAUCGAAUCCAAAACUCAUACAGAAAGAGGAAAACCCAUCGAAAACUUUAGGAACAAUCAAUUCACAUAUUACUGUUGCACCUCUUCCUUCUUCUCAUUGUCAAAUUCUAACAUCAAAUGAUAAUCAUUCGUACCAUCCAAUUGAUUUAUCAAAAUUAGAGAAAAUUGGUUCACGUGAACAACUAGCCGAUGAGCUAUGCCGUCGAUCAUGUCAACCGUUAAUGUUUACCAAUCGAGGAAUGUGUUGUGGACAUUGCCGCUCGACUCAUCUUCCAAAUAUAGUAUUUUCACAACAAGAGAAAGGAUCGAGAGAAAAAACACCGAAGCUCAGUGAUGCGAGUGACACACAAUCGACUCCUUACUCAGGUUUGUCUGUGUCACCUAGUCUUCGAUCUCCACAGACACAAUCACGAGAAGAGAAUGAAACGUACGAGCAAAAUCAAUCGAUUUUCUCGUUUCCUGAUCAUGAUACACCACUUUCUCAGCAAUCCCAAGACAUAAUUAAUGACGAUAGUCAAUUGAGAUUAGAUGCGGAAGAAUUUGUCAAUGAUUCUAUACAAAAUGCACAAGAAAAGUAUCAAAAAAGUUUACAAAGUUCGUCUAAAAGUGAUUACAAAGAUGAUACUAAACAAACGGUAAAGCUUCGCUCUAAAUCCGUUGUUAUUUCUGAUGAACUGCCAAACGAGAAGUCAACUGAGACGAAUAAUUUAUAUCAGCGACUGUGCAGUAAACUCAAUUUAUCGAAUGUCAAUCAGAUAUCUGAAAUUGUUGAUUUACUCGCUUGGAAAGCUCCGCAUCUUCUCAAAGAACAACCUGUCAAUCUCAGCCAAGGUCUUUUUCAAAACUCACUCAAACAUUUCAAAACUUGUCGUUACUCUUUUAUAGAAAAAGAAAAUCAUUUAUGCGGUCAAUUACUUCUCCAUCCACCUUUUAAACCAAAGCGAUUGAUACACCUCUGUCCAGAUGGAAGUAUUCAAGUUCUUUCUGCCAUUGACGACCAGAAAUCUUAUGAUCAUAAUCAACAGUAUCAUCUGAAUUACUCCAAUUCAGCAACAAGUAACAUUUUCUUUUCCGCAAAAGAAAACGUGAUAACGAAAUUAUUCUUAGAUGAAUCACCACUUGCUCUAGAAUAUGAAACAAUCGCGGUUGAUCCACCAAUAGAUUUGAAUCAUAGAAUUAUUGCUGAGUCUACAUCUCUUCAGCAAAUACAAGCUCUUAUCAAAUAUGAUAAUCUACUAGAAGAUUCGCCAAUUGAAAUCGAUUUCGAAGAAAGUGAUCCUAUAAUCAAAGUCGAUCUUGAAUUAGAGGAUGAGAUAACCGAAGUCCAUAGUGAAAAUGAGGAAAAUUCUUUUCCGGAGGUCUUCUUCAAACGUAUCAUCACACCGGAACGUAACCACACCCUGCGUCAUAUAACAGAUCGUUCAUCAUAUUCAACGAUAAGCUCAUGA